AUUCAACUUCAGGUUAUAUUUUGGUUUUUAUUUUUAAUAUAAAGUAAUUUUACAUAAUCAUACUACCAUAAAACAAAAGAUAGUAAAGAUAAUAUACUUUUGGUCGAGUUCUUGAGAAAGCUUUGAAAGGAAACUUAUAGUCAACGACACACAUGUUAGAUAUGUAGUUGAAAAUGUAUUAGCUUAUAAAUGCUUUUACCAAAAGGAAAAGUGUUACUACCUAUAAACUUAUUGGUAAAGUUAUUUUAAAAUAAAUUAUCUUAAACAGAUAUGAUUAAUUUUUAGUGUUCAUAUUGAAUAAUACAGUCAUUCCCUGGUAAAUAUGUACAGUCGCGGUAGAUGCCAAAAAAAAUGCUAAAAAUCUGAAAAUACUUUUAUUCUGUGCCCUUUCACUUCCUCUUUUCAAAUAAACCGGCGGAGGUAAGAAAUUCCAAAUACUUUAGGAGAUAUCAAAUUUUUAAAUUUCAUCAUAUGUAGAGUCGCGUUAGAUGCCAAAAAAAAAUGCUAAAAAUCUGAAAAUACUUUUAUUCUGUGCCCUUUCACUUCCUCUUUUCAAAUCAACCGGCGGAGGUAAGAAAUUCCAAAUACUUUAGGAGAUAUUAAAUUUUUUAAUUUUCAUCACAAUACCUGCGUAGUAUGCAGCGAUCACCAUUGUUUCUUGUCAUAGAUAAUAAGGUUUCUUGUUUACGAGUAUCAUAUUUCUUAUUGGACAAUUUUGUCACGUGACUGUUCCGUGAUUGGCCAGUAUUCAAAUGAACCAAAAGGUGAUUAUUCCGUGAUUGGUCAGUAUUCAAAUGAACCAAUACGUGAUUAUUUAUUCAUUUAUUGUUCAAUACGAUGUUUAAUUAAUCGGUCAACUUCUUCCGUGAACGACUACAUCAUUUCCUUAUAUUGGCAAAGGAAAUGUACCCGCCUCCAACUUAGGUCACUGAUUUGGGGAAAUGAGACACUUGUGCGUCUGUUUGAUGGUGUUUACAAUUGGCCUCAUCUGGCUGGAUUACACGCUGGUGACUGUCCCGUUGGUUGAUGAGUGGAAGUCGCUUCACGUAGGCUGAGCGAGUGGCGCGCAUCGUGGAGGAUGCCCCGUGACAAUGAGGCGACCUCGGAGGACGGAGCCGGGCCGGCCACCGACCCCGCGGUGCCCCUCCCGGUGCUGGAGAACCUGGCCGGCGCCAACAACAACGCCAACAACAACAACCGCACGCGCAACAACAACAACCAGAACCCGCUCAUCAUCGUCCGCGACCGCCUGUUCCACGCCCUCUUCUUCAAGGCCGCGCUCACCUACGCCCGGAUCUUCCCGCGCCCUGUCAGGCGAGUCCUGGAGUUCGUGGUGCUCCUCAAGGCGAUAACGGCCUUCUUCGUGCUGGCGUACAUCCAUGUGGUGUUUUCGCGCACGCCCACCAACUGCCUGGAGCACAUCAAGGACGACUGGCCGCGCGACGGGAUCCUGCGGGUGGAGAUCUUGCGCAACGGACCAGAGGACUACAGCAUCGAGAAGUCGUACGCUAAGGAGGAGAAGCUGCGGCACAUGGGCGACCUGAGCAGCGUGCUGGGGCUGCUCUCCACCGACGGUUUCGUGCACAUCGAGCCGUCGGCCGUGCAGGAGCUGGAGGAGACUGGCGUGGGCGUGGGCGCUGGCAACGGCAGUGAUGCUGCGACGGCCAGCGCCGAGGCCACCCGGCUAGCGGCCGCCAACGCCUCGGCCGGUUCGAGCGUGCCCCUGACGACAGCGUGGGACGGCGCGGGGGCAGAGUCCGAGCAGCCGAGUGCGAGGGCGGGCGUGCUGAUCGAGGAGCAGGACGCGGAGCAGGAGAACUCGAUCAACGUUAACGACACCCUGAAGGAGGACGUCUCGCUGGGUGACGCCGGAAGUGACAUGAUCUCGCCUCUCAAGGAUUCCGUCUCGGAGAUGGAAAAGCUGGUUCGUGCCGUGUGGCCGGACGGGGAGUACAUAGUGGAGUAUUCGCUGGAGUACGGCUUCCUGCGGCUGUCGCCCGGCACUCGCCAGCGCCUCAGCAUCCCGGUGAAGAUUGUGACUCUGGACCCGAGCCGGGACGAGUGCUUUGGGGACUCGUUCAGCCGCUUUGUUCUGGAGGAGUUCCUGGGUUACGACGACCUGCUCAUGGCAAGCAUCAAGAUGCUGGCAGAGCAGGAGGACAACAAGGGCUACCUCAGGAACGUGGUGACAGGCGAGCACUACAGGUUCGUCAACAUGUGGAUGGCUCGCACCUCGUACCUGGCUGCCUUCUUCAUCAUGCUCAUAUUCACUAUGUCUAUAUCGAUGUUGCUGAGGUACUCUCAUCACCAGAUAUUCGUCUUUAUCGUGGACCUGCUGCAGAUGCUGGAGUACAACUUGGCCAUCAGCUUCCCCGCCGCACCACUGCUCACCGUCAUCUUGGCGCUAGUCGGCAUGGAGGCCAUCAUGUCGGAGUUCUUCAACGACACAUCCACUGCCUUCUACAUCAUCCUGAUCGUGUGGAUCGCCGACCAGUACGACGCCAUCUGCUGCCACACGCCGGUCACCAAGCGCCACUGGCUGCGGUUCUUCUACCUCUACCACUUCUCGUUCUACGCGUACCACUACAGGUUCAACGGCCAGUACAGUGGCCUGGCGCUCAUCACCUCCUGGCUGUUCAUCCAGCACUCGAUGCUGUACUUCUUCCACCACUACGAGCUGCCGGUGAUCCUGGAGCAGGCGCAGCUGCAGCAGCUGCUGGUGCGCAACCACCGCCAGCUCAACGCCUCGCCGCCGGACCAGCAGUGACGCGGGCCCACGCUCCAGCUGUAUCGACCCCUCGCGUUGUCAACGUGUACGUGUCUUAUUUAUUUUGACGUUGGUGUGCAUGUGUUGUGGAGUGUGGUGCGUCGACGACCGGAGACCGCCGUCGGUCUCGUGUGCUGGGCGCCGCGAGAGGCGCUUCUGGGAAACAUAGUUCAUUUUCUCUUGUCUGCUCGCGAAACCGCCAAGUGCACCAGUAAGGGAAGUAAAGGGAAGCCUACAUACAACUCACGCAGUUUCGGUUCCCUACCACGUUCGUGCAACUUCGGUUUUCUCUCAAAAAUUGAAAUUAAAAAAAAAAUCGAAGGGUUAGGUUAGGUCAGGUCAGGUCAGUCACAACAUGCUUGUUUUCAUUGGAAACUUCUGAUUUAGCGGCUGAAGUGGCGUUAAUACCAAAACGCAAAACUUCGGAAAUCUUCGGAAAUUCUUGCAGGGAACCGAAACUACGUGAGUUGUAGGCUUCCCGGAAGUAAAGCCUCCCGAAAGUAAAUAGCUCUAGCUUGAUGAGUAGAGACCGGAAAAAUUCGUGAAUUCAUUUCGCGAUAGGCUAAAAUAACAAAUCGUUAUACCUCAGUGCUGCCUCUGCUAUCGGCUCACAACUCACCUGGAUGACUCUGGGCCAAUGAGAAACACCCAACCAAAGCUUUAUAGAAUCGCAGGCUGCUACGCUGGAACGUCUCACAAUACAGCGACCAAUCAGUGGGUGGCAUUUGACCGAGUGUACGUACGUAGAACUAUGGAGUUCAUCCUGCAGGUCAUUGAACCCGCGAAUUUUGCCGGUCCCUAUUGACUAUGAAUAUAUAUACUGUAUAGAAGUCGCCAGCCCAGGUUAAAACUUCUAAUACGGUUUUGAGGUAGUUGGUUAAUUCACCGCCGCAAUCGCCACCAUCUCUAGGGCAUCGACUUGUGGUGGUCCCUGGCGGACAAGUGUCGAACUCUUCAAACACCCCUUCCCCCUCCCCCUGAACGAACUUGAGCUGCAGUGAAUGAAAGGUGGGGGGUGCGGGGAAUGACAGCGGGCGACAGGGCUGCGAUCUAACGUGUAAAUAACAACUAAGACGAUACAGGGCGUUACGGCAGCGCACUGCAGCGGUGAAGUACCCAAGCUGCUCAUUUUACGCUUUUGAAAAACGUAGAGUAAAUCCUAUGCACUCGCGACUUCUAUACAGUAUAUAUAUUCAAAGCUAUUGAUGAGUUGUAAAAGAGAAGGGGCAUUUCAGCUGCUGUAGGUUAUCACACACAACAAUGGCAAAUAUAAGAAGAGAUAAUGUGAUGAUGGUUAUGUGCAAUACGCAGUCUUUUUUUAAGUCUGGAAACAAAUCACUUGUCGGUGGAAUGUUUCAAAGAGAGAGAGAGAGAGAGAAAAAUAAUUCAUAUUGUGAAUGCAGUUCUCGGAAGUCAUUUGUUCAGUCUCCAGACUCCCAUGUCCUUGUUCCUCACUGCAGGCCUCACUUCGAGCCGUGUCCUGUUCACUGUAAAUGGAAUACAAAAAUAUUAUUCUAUCUAAAACUAGAUGAAUGUUGUAAGGUAUGUAUUUGAAAAUAAAAAAGUUAAGAACUGUUGGUAAAUGACAGGUUAAACUUUGUGCAGUCUGGUGGCAGCUUCGGAGAGGGUGCCCUUAAACCUCGUAGUUAUAGAUCCACUGUUUGCCAGUCUGGCGAGGGCAUUAAGGCAGUCCCUGACCGUGCUGUUUACACUAGAAUUAUUGGCAUCACAUUCAUAACUCAUACUUUUAUCUUCUUCAUUUGUAAUUAGUUUUGCAUAUCACAGUCAAUUAUGGACCACGUUUUAUGUUUUAUAUGUAUAAUUAACUAUAAUAAAUGAAAUACAUAUUGAGAUUGUAAAAUCUAUAAUAAUAAUUGCUAAUAAAGUAAUGUUUUUACAGAAAAUUAGUUUUGCAGAACUUUGCUACAAACAGUUUUCACAGUAAGACUCAGUAGAUUAUAAAUGUUUAGAGCCUGCAAUGCUUGUUUGUUUUCCCCUUAUCAGCAUAUCUUAUUACUUGAAGAACACAAAUGGCAACAGAAAGUGCAAAGUGAAGAGUCAGUCUGUGAAGUCUGCUGGUGGAAUAGCAGCGUACUCAGUUCCCACAGCUGUGGUGUUAUGGUUGGUUUUGUUUACUUAUAUUUUCAACGCAAGAAUUGUGAACAAAAACACUUUAUACAAAUAUGAGAUAUCUACGUUUUGCUCAAAGUGGCCAAUAGUUCUUAUCUCCUGGUGUAUCAUUCACCUGCCUGGUCUCGGAGAAGCACAGUGCAGAUGUGCCAGAGAUCAGGCCGGCCACUUGCUUGUUUGAUGAAAAAAAAUUACCUGCUUCUAAAUUUAGGGAAAUAACUUAGAGACAUAGAUAGUAAUUAAAGUUCACAAAUGAAAAUAAGGAAACACAAGAGUAGAAAGAAUAAACAAUUCUCUGUAAUUAAAAUUUACUGUUAUGAAUAGAAUCUUAAAAUUAGGUUAGUGUAUUUACAAUUUUUUUUUUUUACCUUUUUAUGUAUAAUUUUUGUUAAAUGUUGUAUUUUUAGAAUAAACCAUAGUUAUAUGAUAAUACAAUAGAGGUUUUCAGUUACAAUUAAAUCUACAAAUUAUAUGUUGGUCCAGAUGGUGAAAAUUGCUAUGCAUAGAAGCAAACGUUUUACUAUUUUUGAUUGAGUACUUCAUCUGUAAUUCAGAUGUUAUUAAACAUUAAUAUGGAAUCUUCAUAAGUUGUGUUUUGGUAUAAUAAAAAUUGUAAGAAAUUAAACAAAUAUGUAAUUGUUUUGGUUCUUUGGAUUGUAUGUAAAUAAGUAUAUUUCUUUUACCAGCAGGAGUAGUUAUUAUUAUCAGGAAUAAAUACCUGUAUACAUUUAAAUGGAUUUCUUUCACUUUUCAUUAGUAGACUCGUGUUUGUGUGUACAUAACGUCGCAUAGCACAUUGUUUGUAUGUCAAUGGUAGUCUACUAUGAUAUUGUCUCUUUUAUCAGGUUUCUGUUUUAGUAUAUUCAAUUUUCUAAUGACCAUUAAUUGACUUUGUUGAAGGUUAUUUUUUAUUUAGUUAUUUUGGACUAUUGACAUCUGAGAAUCUUGGUACACAAUUAUUCUGUCAGUAUAAUCAGACCCUGUCCAUGCACACAGAUUCCUAGCUCAAUGGCAUGGGAGCAGAUCUAAUUUCAUAUGGAAAUUGAUAUAUUAUGUUAUUUAUUUUUGAAUACAUACAGCAUUGUAAAUAAUAUUUCUUUGAAAACAAUCCACCGAUAUAACACUGAAUUUUUAAAAUAAUAUUUAUUUUGAUGAUAUUAAAACUUAAUAAACAUGCAAAAUAUCUUGAUAUAUUUAAAAUUACAAAUUAAAAAAAUUAUAUAUGUAUUUUGGUGAUUUAAUGAUUUACUCACAGUCUAGCCUAUUUAUUAUUAUUAUUUUUAAUUUGCAAUUCAUUGCAUGAUAUUUAGAAUGUCGGAAAUUGCGUUUCACUUGAAAGUGUGCGGGAGGAACUAGGUGACCAGCCCCUCACGUGUGGCUUGUGUGGCUGCAACUAGUUUUAACCCUGUACAUCCCGAUCUCUCACGUGAGCAGGCUUCAUAGUAGGCCCAGCAUCCAUGCAUGCCAAACAGAUAUCUUGGUUGAAAUAUGUUUUGUAAAGUUAUGUGCAAAAGCAACCUGAAAAGUUUAUAUUUAUUUCUGUAAACAUCCAUAAUAUAGUUUUUCUUUGUAUGGUUUUUUUAAACUAGAUUAUACAAUUUCUUGCUGGUGAAAUACACCAAUUAGUGAACACCUGUUCACAUGUGUGGUGGUUUACACUAAGGAAAUUUUUGCAUUAGCUGAUUUUGAAUGUGCUGCAUACUAAAACCAUAAUAUAUAUAAUAUAAAUUUGGUGAUAAGUUCUUAAGUUUUUUUUUGUUUUUUUACUUUACGGUUUCCCUUGUCUUUAAAAUAUGUAACUACCAUUCCUACUUACUCUUAACAGGAUAUUUUUGUUAUUAUAGCCCUUUGUUUGGUAGUGAAAAGGCUUAACAAAGGAUAAUUUUUUUUGCAAUUUAUGUGUAUCUGUUAAUUGCUGAAAUUGAUGACAAAUGGGCUUGGAAAAUAUACAUUUAGUUUUUUUUAUCACCUGUAAAUGUAAGAAAAAAUUUUAAUUCCUUUUCAUUAGAUGCUUUCAGUUAUAACUUUUAUUUUCUGCUGGAUAAAUGUAUAAUUUUUCCACCGAAGCGGCUGGUUGGUUGUCAGUGAAGCCCUAUUAGCUGUGUGUGCAUCUUAUUGGUUGUGGAUAUAGCAUCUUCUGCUUCUUGGAAGUAGAAUGUACGUUGAGUGAUGACAUGUUCUUCAGGUCCGAGUUGUGUGAUAGUCUUCAAGUCGGCGCGGUGGUGUUCCUGUGAAUGGGACAGUGCUCCUUUAUCAACUAUUUACAUACGUGUAAGGUUCUGAUGAUGCCAUUACAAACAUUGUGGUUGCCCAUAGGUAAAAAAUCAGUCUUGUAAAAAAAUUUUUAGGGAGGUUGUAAUGUAUAACUUAUUAUUGUUAUUGAUUUGUGUAAUUAUAAUUUCUGCAGUUGCUGUUUAAGUCUGUAAGUGCUAAGAGACUUGUAAGAUAGUUGACGACACGUAAUACGGAACGAUAGGCGCUGGUCACGCCUGGGUGCCUCGUUUCUCACACGUGUGUCAGUGUCAGUUGAGUUGCCCCGAGCUCUGACUACACUAACUAGUUACCUCCUACUAGUCCCACUCUCCUGUAGCUCACCAGACGCCCCCAUGUGCUAGUGCUUGCGCUAGCUGCACCGAACACACUGUUCACUCACACGUCUUAUGUGUUAAUGUUCUCUUGAGCAUUUUAUAGUAUCAGCAGAAUGCUAUCCUGUUAUUGUUUCUCAUAGAAUUUUCUGUACCAUUGCGAGGACAUUGUGAUAAUAAUGGUGGUGAUUAUAAUGUAAAUGGUGUGAUACAUCAUGUUUUAAAUACUGUAAAAAAAAUAAAGUUAAUUAUAAUAUUUUA